AUGGCAACGGCAAUAACUGAUAGAAAUCUAUGUGAUACAUGUGACAAAGCAAAAGGCAUUUCUAAAUGUGAAGGAUGUGCAAAAAUUUUCUGUUACAGUCAUUUUGGAGAUCAUCGUCAAGAAUUAAAUCAACAAUUAGAUGAAGUUGAAGUCAUUCGUGACCUCUACCGACAAACACUUACUGAACAAACAGCAGACCCACAGAGAGAUGGAUUGGUACAACAAAUUAACGAUUGGGAAAAGGAUUCGAUCAAAAAAAUUCAAGAAACAGCAGAAGAAGCUAGACAAAUAUUAUUCAGACAUAGAAAUGGACAUAUUAAACAAAUAGAAGUUAAAUUGAAUAAGUUAACUGAUCAAUUAAGACAAAGUCGUCAAGAAAAUGAUUUUGUUGAAACAGACCUACAUCAAUGGAAAGAACAACUUUCACAAUUAAGUAGAGAACUUACAAACUCAUCAAGUAUUAUACUCCAACAAGAUUUAGAACCACUUGUCACUAAAAUUUAUGUUGAUAUAUCAACCAUACCAUUGGAUUUCACUAAUAUUGGGAUCAAUACAAGAUGGAUCCAACACGGUAUUACAAUAGCUGGAGGUAAUGGACAGGGUAAUUCAUUAAAUCAACUCUCUUACUCAUGGGAUAUAUAUGUUACUGAUAAUCAAACUGUCUAUGUCGCUGACAGCUCGAACCAUCGUAUUGUGGAAUGGAAAUGUGAUGCAACGAGUGGUCAAAUCGUUGCAGGUGGACAUGGACCAGGAAAUCGAACUGAUCAGUUGAAUGAUCCAAGAAGUGUAUUUUGCGACAGAAAAACCGACUGUCUUAUAAUAGGCGAUCACGGAAAUCGACGAGUUUUACGAUGGCCUCGUCAAAAUGGCACAAAUGGACAAAUAAUCAUUUCAAAUAUUGACUGCUCCCGCUUGACAAUGGACAACGAUGGAUAUCUCUAUGUUUCUGACAAUAGUAAACAUGAAGUGAGACGAUGGAAAAUAGGUGAAACGAAUGGAACAUUAGUAGCAGGUGGUAAUGGACCAGGUCAUCAUCUUAAUCAGCUCAAUUGCCCCAAUCAUAUAUUCGUUGAUCAUGAGAAUUCAGUGUACGUGUCAGACAGCGACAAUCAUCGUGUAGUGAAGUGGAUGAAAGAUGCAAAAGAAGGCAUUGUUGUUGGUGGUGGUCAAGGUAAAGGGACUGAUCUGACACAACUGACAUAUCCUCGUGGAGUAAUCGUCGAUCAUUUGGGCACUGUUUAUGUGUCAGAUUAUGGCAAUCAUCGAGUAGUGCGUUGGUUCAAAGCAGCAACACAAGCUAGUAUUGUAGUCGGUGGAAAUGAAAAGGGAAGCCAAUUGAAUCAACUUAACCAUCCCACAGGUUUGUCAUUCGAUCGACAAGGACACCUCUACGUCUCCGAUUAUCACAAUUGUCGAGUACAAAAAUUCAAUAUUGAUUCUUAUUCGAGUUCAUAG